AUGUCCGACACCGCCGCCGCCGAGCCCCAAACGGAUGCAGCCAAGCGAGCAGCAGCUCGGAAGGCCAAGAUCCUCGCUAGGGGCAAUACGGGUCUUCAGAAGCUCGCUCAGACAGCAAGAGGUGAUGAAGCGGACAAGCUAUACGGCGGGGACUCUGCAUCGUCAUCACGACCUCUCACUCCGUCCUCCCCUCCUGCCCGAACCGAGUCUGCGCCUUCUUGGAUUCCUCCAAACCCUGCCGGCGGGAACGCAGCCCAAGGCGAUAUGUCAGCGGACCAGCAACAGCAGUUCCAGGCGAUGAUGUCGAUGCUCGGAGGCGGUGGGGCUGGGAUGGAAGGUGGACCACAAGGAAUGCCAGACAUCUCCAACCUCUUUGCGCAGAUGAUGGGUCAAUCCCCUGGCGGAGCUGGCGGACCCAACCUCCUCGGCGACCUCGACGACCCGGCCGGACUCGGAGGAAACCCCUUCGAUCCGAACGGCGCGGGGGGCAUGCCAAGCUUUCCGGACCUGUCGCAGCUCGCGAACCUCGGAAUGGGCAUGGGCGGGAUGGGCGGGAUGGGCGGCAUGGGCAUGCCGCAGAAGGGGAAAGGAUGGGUUGAGCGGUCGUUCCCCUCAUCCACGCCCUGGGGGUUCUGGCGCUCUUGGCCAAGAUGGGCGGGGGCGAUGGAGAGUGGGGUGGUGCCGAGGUGGGCGAGGCUGGCGGGAAGGAGGGGUGGGUGGGGCGGAGCAAAGUCGGGGCUGUUGGGCGAUGUUGAAAGCUUGCCGCUCUUCUGGGGGUUCACGACGCUCGAGCUUAUCCUCCAAACGACCCGUUUCCUCAUCCUCAGAUCCCCACCGCCCCCUCAUUCCCUCAUCUCAACCUUCCUUCCCAUGCUCCCGCCCAAAAUCUCUCGACCCCUCCUCACCGGCUCCCGGUACCUUACCAUGUUCACCCAGAUCUACAAGGACGGGUGUCUCCUGAUCUUCGGCGUGGGGCUGUUCCUCAUCCUCUCCGAGUACUUUGCGGCAUGA